AUGCUGAUUCCAAUGUGGAAUAAACGAUGUUUCCCGGAUUGGAAGCAGAAACGACCGCAGUGGUGGUCAGCUGACGAGAAUUCAACGCUGCAUCACACAAAUUCACACUCCACGAAGGAGAAUAGGGAAACCAAAACGAUAGACAACGACGAUGUGACAGAGAUGAUUAGGGUUAUGAAUGAUUCAAAUUAUCAAGUCAAUGUGCUUCAGGAAGCGAUUCUUCGUCGGGAGCCUGGUGACUCAAUAAUUCGCGAUGAAGAUCGGGACGAUUCCGAGCCGAGGACACCGGCUCCGGAAGGACUUCAUGUGGACGAUCGUACCUGCCAUUUAUGCUGGGAAGAGAGUCGCUCAACUUCAAAAACAUCUGUUUUUAUUUCCAGGAAAGAAAUUGAUCACCUGAACGAGGAAUGUUUCCCUGGUUGGCAGCACCGUCGAAAACCAUUUUGGUGGCUAGACAACGAUGACAAGAAGUCUGAGAUGAAACAUGAAGAGCUCGAGAUUGAUGUUGACAGUUUCGGGAAUAUUUCGGAUUGUGCCAAAGACAGCACCCCAAGUUCGACCGGUAAUGAUGAAGAAGACUCGAUUUACGAUGAAUCAUUGGACCAUCAGAACAAGGACCACGUAGGUCAACCCAUGAAGCGCGUCAGCGAGUGGACAUGUCGGUUAUGUCUGAAGGAGUUCAAGCCCACAUCGAAUUUUCUCCGACACGUCGCCAAAGAUCAUCUUGACAUGCCGCUGUUUCAAUGUGCGAUGUGUGAAUGGGGAGCAGCAGACGCCUACGAGGUGAAAGCGCACAUGGUCAAGACGCAUAAUAACGCGGAUUCGGAUCCAAUCUCAAAUCUCGAACUGAACCCAGAUCAUGUUCAGCAGCGAUUUUCUGAGUGUUUCCCAUCAAGAAAAAUGAAGAUCCAUGUUUAUCGACAUCAUCUGAAGGAGCCACGCCUUUACGAGUGUCCACUUUGUGAUUUCUCUCAUCAUGCCUGUUCUAGUGAUGUCCGAGCUCAUAUUAAAUGUCGCCUCUGUGACGAAGAUGUGCGUCAGACGUCACGACAUAUUGCCGAGGCGCAUCUGAUGAUUCAAUUACAUCAGUGUCCGUUGUGUGAAUACGGCGCGCCUGAGUCCCGUCUCGUCAAACGACAUCUUCGGAAUAAUCACGACGAAUCGGAAAUGGAACCGAUAGCAAACGUGGUGGCUAGACGAGCGGACUUCUCGGCUCUGCACGACAAAUGCUUCCCCGGUCGACCAAAGCGUCUUUCGAACAUCACAAUUUCA